UCCUUAUUUAUUUGUGUAGCUAAUUAGUGAAAGACUGACAGGCAUGGCAGUUCUUAAAGUAAAAUUCACGAAAACAAAAAGGGAUAAGCUUGCUCAAGCCCUCUGGAUCCUGAACUGGAUUUCUGUGGUGACAGGCAUCAUUCUUUUUGGACUAGGCCUCUUCCUGAAGAUUGAGAUCAAGAAACAUAGUGAAAUUAUGGCUAACAAAGACAUACACUCUGUUCCCAACAUGCUAAUUUCUGUCGGGAUUAUUGCAUGUGCCAUUAAUUUUCUUGGAGGCAAAAUCUGCUAUGACUGUACAGACUCUAGUAAGUUCUGCCGGUGGAAAUUAAUUUUGUUGCCGUACAUAAUCUGUACAUUUUUCUUUACCUUCUCUAUCUUGGUGGGUGCUUUAAUGUGUUACACUAUGCGGAAUGAACUGGAUGAAUCUCUGUACCUGGGCCUGAAGGAGGCUCUUAAAUUCUACAAGGACACUGAUACCCCUGGGAGAUGUUAUUUAAAGAGAACCAUUGAUAUACUGCAGAUUGAAUACCAGUGCUGUGGCAACACUGGCUUCAGGGACUGGUUUGAACUACAAUGGAUAUCCACCCGAUACCUGGACAUGACCUCUAAAGAGGUUCAGGAUCGUUUGAAGAGUAAUAUUGAUGGUAAAUACCUUAUGGAUGGAGUCCCCUUCAGCUGCUGCAAUCCCAGCUCCCCAAGACCCUGCAUUCAGUACCAGAUCACAAAUAACUCCGCACAUUAUAACUAUGACUACAUAACAGAGGAGCUAAAUAUCUGGAAAAAAGGCUGCAAGCAGGUCUUGCUGGACUACUACAUCAACACCAUGCAGUCCAUAGGGCUAACUGUGCUCAUUAUUUGGGUUUUUGAGCUGUCUGUUCUCAUUGGAGUCCGCUACUUACAAACUGCAAUGGAAAAUGUCCUCCUCCAAGGUGAUCCUGAAAGUGAGUCAGAUGGAUGGUUACUAGAAAAUGGCUUUGCUGAAACUGCCAGAUCCAACUUCAAUAUUAUCAAGAACCUUGGCAAGGCAAAUCAGAUCUCCACUGUGUCUGGUAUACAUGAUCCAAACAUGGAUGUCCCAAGAGCACAGUAUGGACCAGAUAACAUUCCACCAGCAUCUAUUACAAUACAAGGAUAA